CAAGUCGAUGAGACGAGCCUCACACAGCCCCUUCAGCAUGUUCAACUGACGAAAUAACAGUGAGAAAUGGAAGGAAAUCCGGACUCACGUGACCAUCAGAUGACCGGACGCCUCACAGAGGAAGCAGCUGAUUUACUGAGGAGAACUGAACAAGGGAGACAACCAACUUCCACAACUGCAAUACAGCACAACUACAGUGGUCCAGUGUCUCAGGUGGACUUGACCAAUGCUACCAAUGUCUCCGUCUCCGUGGGGGAACAAGGAGCUAGAGGAUGUCUGUCACAAGAACGUUACUGCCAAAAGGUGGAACUGCUCAAUGAGUAUUUUGUGGACAUCCAUGCCCUCCAGACAGCCCAACAGCUCCUUGAGAAGCAUGGCCAUGUCAGUAUCUGUGGAGCUCCUGGAGAUGGGAAGACCAGCAUUGCUCUGAAGAUCUGUGAGGCAUAUCAACAAAAGAGAUAUGAAACAGUUUUUGUGGAAAACAUUGAACGUUUUGACGUUGAUACAAUUUCUAAACGGCAAUCACACAUGUUGGUUGUUUUUGAUGAUAUAUUUGGUUCUGUCACAUUCAGUUCAAAUUUGGAAAAACUACAUGAAUUGUUCAGUGCCUUGGUUGAUGAUCUUGCUAAAACUGCCGGUGAUAAAGAGAGUGAUUCCAUGAGGAAGAAAGAUAAACAAUCAAAAGGUAAGGAAAAGUCCAAUGAAGAAACCCCCAUCUACAGACUGAAGCUUGUUUUUACAUCUAGGACAUACAUCUGGAAGGAGGGGUGUUCAAGACUACAUCAGUACAAAGUGGACCUACUUAAAACACAAGCUAUGCUUGAUAUGACUAAAGACCAUCUCACGGUUGAAGAAAAGAAACGUAUGUUACGUUCCUUCAAGAGCAAACAUCCUAAAUGUGAUAUCUCUGAAAAGGAUAUUUGUAGCAUCACAGAUUCAAAACACAAUAUAUUUGGAUUCCCUCUUAUCAGCAGACUCUUUUUUACUCAUGCAGUCUUCCAGAUGCACAAUGUAAAAUUCUUCAAUAAUUCACUGACCUACCUGAGAGGUGACCUUGACGCCAUUGUCCGGGAAGAAAGCAAUAGAUCAGCAGCCAUCCUUCUCCUUAUCCUGUGUGAUGGAAACCUGAACCUUGUUUCUUUGCAGUCACGGAAAGCUGGAAUUGUCAUGUUUGAUGCUGUGAAGGACGUAGUUCCUUGUUGUACAAGCACCGGGAUUGCCAAGGAGAUCGCAAACUUUACUGGGGUCUACUGUACAGUCGAGGAUCACAUUGCAAGUUUCUCUCACCCCUCCAUAUAUGAUGCUGCAGCCUGCGCUGUUGGAAAACUCAAUCUCGUGUUGCUGCUGGAACACUGCUCCCUGAAAUUCAUAUAUGAAAGAGUGAGGCUGGGUAAGAGUAUACAGUCAUCAGACAUUGGAGAUGUCACAAACAUGAUCUACAUCACCCCCCAACUACACCAAACAGUAGUGGACAGACUGGUGGAAGGUAUUCGACAAGGAUGCUUCAUUUGGACAGUGAAACAUCCAGUUCUCUGUGAAGAGAGGAUUGCCGCCCUACUAUGGACAGAGAUUAAAAAUAACAUUGUUGAAAUUGUUGAACAAAAGGAUAGGGACACAGAUGAAUGCUUUUUGUAUUUAGCUUCCAUAUCUGAGAGUUACUUUCUAUUCUCAAAGUCAUUAGAAGUAGUUGGAAGACAGGGUGACACAUCAACUGAUCUAUAUGACUGUGUGGUAGCCUGUGUUACUUAUGGCAAACUGAAACAUCUGGAACACCUCGUUACAAUCAUGAGUCUACGUGGAGAAUUCGAUGUUGAUUUUUCCAUAGACGGGAAAACCCUUCUGAUCAUGGCUGCCAAGUCAGGACAGUCAGAGGUAGUCAACUUCCUCAUCCAGAAGGGUGCUGAUAUUUCAUUGACGGACUGGACAGGAAGCACCUGUUUACAUUAUGCCUGUGAAUCAGGAAGCAUGGCGUUGACCACAAAGGUUGUUGAAAUGUGUCCUGUUAUACUAAAUUCCAUGAGUUUUGUAGGUUUAACACCUGCAAUGCUUUGUGCCAAAGCAGGUCACCUUUUGAUCCUGAAGUUCCUGAAACAAAAAGGAGCCGAUUUAACUCUUACCGACAAAAACUUGGUAGAUUGUUUGCACUUGGCGAGUGAAAAUGGCAAUCUGUCAACUGUGAAAUUUUUGAUUUCUCUGAAAAUGUUUAAUGUGAACAAGAAGGAAACAUAUUUAAUCCCAACAUCAGCUAUGAAGGCAGCAAGAAGAGGACACUAUGAUGUUUAUCAUCUCCUUGUGUCUGAGGGUGCAGAUCUCACUGUUACUGAUCAAUACAACAGAGACUGUCUGAUGUUGGCAUGUCUGGGAGGAAACCUAUCUAUAGUGAAACAUGUUUUGUCAUUGAAAACAUGCGACAUCAACAGGCGGCAAGGAUAUUUGAAACAAACACCAGUUAUGAUGGCAUUGGAAAGAGGACACUGUGAUGUUUAUCAUCUCCUUGUGUCUGAGGGUGCAGAUCUGACCCUUACUGAUGGUAACAACACAGACUGUCUGAUGUUGGCAUGUGUCGGAGGAAACAUAUCUAUAGUGAAACAUGUCUUGUCAAUGAAAACAUGGGACAUCAACAGGCGGCAAGGAUAUUUGAAACAAACACCAGUUAUGAAGCUUGAGGACUGGGACCCUCAUAACGCCAUAUUGUGCAGGUGUUGUAACUCUGGGUCGCCAGAAUGUGGUCGGUCAGUAACGGACAGCCUACUGCUGACGCUGUGCAAUUCUUGUGGUAGUGGUGAGAUGACAUCCAAACUGUCUGGCUAG